AUGAACGCGGUAAAAAUGAAUAUGUUUCUGCACCGUAUGCUGAAGAAGAGUAGCAACGAAGAGCUGAACGUGGAGUACAGGAGCGAAAAGGAGGAACAAAGGAAGAACGAGGUGGGAAGAUCAGGGCAUCCUAAGGGAAAUUGGAUUAGGAAGCUUGGGAAUUAUUCACCGAGCAAGUACCAAGUUUCUGCCAGUCCUAUAAGGACAAAUACGAUGAAAGCUCUGGACAGAAGUGGGCUCAGCGACACCUACGAGAAUGGCACUCCACCGAGAACUUGUGGAUCCCCACAGGCACGCCCAGAGAUGCCGGAUUUGGAGAGUAUUAUUCGCGAAUUCGAGACGGGUUUCCUCUCUCCUUCGAAACAGGACGGGGCUGCAGACGGGACCAAGCAGAAGAACUUCGUGAAGAAGAUUGUCGCGGCAUUCGAGGUAAAAUACAAGACUUAUAACGAUCUAAAGACUGCACAGGAUGCUCAAGAAAGCCACGAGAAGAGUAAAAUGAACACUUCCAUGGAAGAAGCGCCGAAAAGGAAAUCCAUAGCCUCCAGCAGUCCGUUUAAGAGCAACCACGAUGAGUUUAUACCUUCCCAGAAAUUGGAUUGUGCCUCGGAUUCGAAGCAAAAUAGCGAGGAUGCAAAUGAAUCUCAGAGCCCAUUACCAGCGAAGAAUAAACCGGUGGUUGUAAAAAGGAAGUCUAGAAUUUUCGGCUCUCCGUUCAAGAACGCGUCCGACGACGUGGAUGGUUCUCCCAAAAGCGUAGAUAACGAGAUGAAAAGCGGAAAUAGGAGGUCGGGUGUUUUUUACGUGUCGCCGAAGAAUAAAUCGGAGACUUCCAACAGCUCUAUAAAAUUGGAAACAUUUUCGUCUCCGUUGAAAAAUGCAAACAGAAGUUCGUCGGAGAUUUACUCGAGCCCCUUGGGUCUGGAACGUCAAGAUUCGAAGGAUUCUAGUUCAGAUUGCUCGAGUCUUUUCAAGUUCGAUAAAGAGGCAUCCAGUCGAAGAUCCAAUUUUCAUUUCAGCUCGAUAAAGAUGUCAUCUCUCGACGAUACAAGAACGAUGGAGGGUAUCGAUCUCGACAUAACUUUGCCGGAACCCGACGAAACUAUUUUUCUGCCCACGGAUACGUUUCCCAAGACCAGUACGAUGGUCAAUGAGUUACCACGGAACGAGUCUAAUUUGGACUUCCAGAAAAUUUCAGGCAUCGACAAAACUCCGAAAAUAGUGGGAGCGUAUCUAAAGAAACCGAUCGAAGUCGAGGACACUUCCAUCGAUUGGAUACCCAUUACAGGGAAGAAAUUGCCACGAAAGAGGUCGCUGAAGAAACUGCUCUAUUCGCUGACCGGUAGGAAGCUGGAGAAAAAAAACAAACUAUUCUCCUCGGAGAGGAACUUGAGUGAGGAGUCUCGAGAGUUCCAAGAUUCCGGAUACGACGAGAAGUCCUGCUCCUCUUCCUCUUUGACUUCUCUGAUUUCCAUCACGGAAGUUUUGCUUCAACAGGAGAACAGUUAUAUCGAAGCAAACAGAAGAGCUGUUCUGAAAACCUUCAAAUCAAAGAAUACGUUGGACGACGAUGAGGAUGAAGCGUUCUGUGACACUUAUUCGUAUUGCAGGAAAAAGAGCACGAAGCAGCUGCAUCUAACCGAGGUACCACGCGAAGACGUGAAGCUGGAUCUCGGACCAUCCUAUCCGCCCUCGAAGAUGGUCACCAUGUCGUUGGAUCGCAAAAUGGUGUCCAAGAAAGCUCGCAGUCCGUCUCCGGGGAACGAGGUCCUAGACGGAAUACAGAAACAUCCUCGCACUUCCAAGAUCCCGAAGCAUCCGUUCGUUACCCUGGCAAAGAUGGACGAGCCUCAGGAAUUUUGCAACUCUCACGAAUGUCGCAACAGCCAGGAAUCGGUGAUGAUCGUCAAGAACGACAUGUACGAGGUAGAGUUCCGAAGAAGUUGCGACGAUCUUUGUUCGUCGGCUUCCUGUCGCAGCGCUUCGCUCGCUGCCAGCCACUACGAUAUCCCUAGGAGAUUCUUGUCCAAGUCCGAAAGCGAGAUACAUUCGAAGUGCCAGUCGAACAUAGAACAGGAACCGAUUUACGACGUGCCGAAGCCGCAAACUAUCGAGAGACCUAGGUCCAGCGUUUACGAGGACGCCCUUUCUUUAAAGAGGAGGAGCGUUCGCAUGAGGAUUGAAGUCAGUUCCAAGAUCUAUUCUCUGGUCCCGCACGAGUCGGAACCUCACUACGCUACCAUCAAGCCAAGGAACACCAAGAUUUACUUUAACAGCGAAACUGUGCGCGCGGUCAGCGAUCCAACCCUAGCAGAAUUCUGCGUUCUAAGUUCGCCUGAAUCUUUGUCCAUUGUUACACUGUUAGAAUACGAGUGUAGUCUUUGGGAGAAUCAUUCAUGCGAGUUAUUUCCAGAUUUUAAUAUUACUUGA